UGCAGAGAUUCGAUCGGAUUCGAAUCGCGUCUUGAAAGUCAAACGAACGCCGGCUGAAUACCGGCUCGAAAUCAAUGCCGAGGAGAACAGAGGGAGUCUUUUCAGUCUCUUCUCGAUCGCUUCUGUGUAUCUCUUGUGGCCGUUGUAGCUGCCCGUUCGUCUCUUAUUGGCUCGUAAAGAGUGCUGGAUCCCGGAGCCUCAUGCAAGUAUAAAACGUCGGGUCCUCCUUAAGCGACGGGAAUACCCGCUGCCAUAAAAUUCGACGAUUCGUGGCUGUACUUGGCAUCCUUGAAGUUCCAACUGUCAAUCCUGAAAGGAUUCUCAAUUUCUUGACGCCUCUUCGAGGAUUAUUCUGCGGACGAGCACCCCACACGAUUUAUCCCGACUUCGGGUUUCAUGAAAAUUCCUCGACGUGUCACGGGAAUGAUCGUCCCUUUUUUUCAGAUUCCAUUCUUCAUGGCUUUGAGCCUGGUUUCGGCCACCCGGCUGAGUCUGCUACCCUACGCCUACUUGUCGGCGCCUUUCCCGGUGACCCACCACUUCCAGGACACGAGGACAGGCGUGCACGCGUACAGUUACGCUGGAGGUCCCUCGGCCAAGGAGGAAAUCAAGGACGCCGAUGGGGUUCUUCGAGGAUCCUACAGCUACGUGGACGCGAACGGUAUCCUGCAAUCUGUCUUCUACAUCGCGGACGAGAACGGUUUCCGCGUGGCGGCCACGAACUUGCCCACGGACGACAACCUGGAACCCGCAGAGAGUCACAUCCUGCUGGCCAGAAGCGCGGAUUCGGAAAAGUCGAGCCGCAAGAAGCGUAGCGCCGAGGAGUCUCCUCAGAAUCCAGAUCAGAAAGAUGUUAAGAACAUCAGCGAUCAGGGAUCAAGCUCGGAGCCCCAGCAGCUGUCGAUCCCUUCGAAUCAGCAGAACGAAUCGCAGGACAAAAUCGAAAAGGAAUACGGGGUCGUUAUCAUCAAUCCGGGUGAUCAACCCAGCGAUACCCCUCUGGAGACCAAACCAGCCAAGCCUCAGUUCGUUUCAGUUCCCAACCUAUUUGAAAGUCUGCUUUCCGACCACGAGAACCGCAACGAGCUGUACAAGCAGUUGGGCAUAGAGGGCUCGAAGUCGAAGAACGCGGUCAAAAUCGACCCUGAACCGAUCACCGUCGUUCCGUCGUCUGUGGCGGUUCCGCUGACCUCUCCAGUUAUCGCCAAGACAGGUGUCCCGCUUUUGUCCGUAAUCGCGAACGAGCCUCUUCCGGUCAUCGCGGCUCAACUAGGACCCUCGGUUGCUACGUCCUUCUCCAACCAAGCUGUUACUCAAAUUCAUGGACCGUCCAGGGCAGACAUAGCUGCUUCCAACCUCGUCGCUAAACCUGUCGCUACAAGCAAAGACGCACCAGCCGAGUCUACAAUCUCCAGAGAGGUCCUUCCAGUGGUACCACUUACCAAGGCUGCCACGUCGACGGUCACCACGACCAUUUCGAGUCACGGUGUCAGUCAGAUUCAUGGGAACUCCAGGAUCGAGCCAGCUCUACUAGUCAAAGCCACACCGAUCGCGCAGCUGCACACUCUGGUUAAUCUGCCGAUUUAUCUGCGUUAAAUUCAUGCUUUCUGGACAGGCUAUUACGGGAAACGGACUGAUGGGACGGGCGGAGAAGAGGAAGUGGCUAUGAUUAGGGACGAUGGUCUAUCCGGUUCUUUUGGAUCAUCCGUCACCUGGACAAGCGAGAGUGUCGACGGAUCAGGAUGGAUUCGUCGAUAGCUUGCUGAUUCAUUGAUUUCAUGUUUCAAUCGCUUAAUGACCUUUUGUUAAAUUAUUGCGCUCGAUAAUAAAACCAUUUCGUGUUUAUAGGACUUGUGUUUGCUAUCCUUUACUUAGUUAUAUUAAUGAUAGAAAUAUUGUACGAAAGGUAGAUUCGUUAAUGCAAAGUUUAACCUUGGAAAAAUGAUCAAAGCGUUGUAAUAGGACUAUGUAAUCAACGUCUAACGCCGCCCGUUUAUUAGUCCAAUAUUGUCCACCCACGCAUCUCAGUUCUUAGGAAGAAAUUUAACGCCUCAAUUAAUAAGAAACGGAAUAAGCUAUAUCCUGGAUGUAACGACUCGAAUAAAAAGCGUAUAAUCUCGCAGCUUCCCGAACGCACUUUUGCCUAUAAACUCUAAAAGAGAUUCCGCUCGUUUGCAUAGUUCGCUAGCGAGUUCUCUUCGCUAUUAUUAUCGAGCCGUGCGCCAAGAAAGCUCGUAGCAGAGGAACAGCUAUUUUCUUGCCUCGUCCGAGGUCGUCGACUCGCUAGAAAAUGAAGGGAAUUUGAAAAAACCCUGCAAAAUUAUUGCCCGUUCUUAGAGUAUCUUAUUCGUCGGACGAGACGUUUCGUUUCGCUCGUUUUCGGCGUAUCGAAGCAGGAAGAGAGUAGGUUCGAUCGAAACGAACGUUUGUCGCGACUCCAACUGUGGGAAAGGGCGCUGAAACCCUUGACCUUGAACGCUAUUCAGAACCCCAUUAUGCGGAAUAUAUUGCGGCAUUAAAACGGCCCAUGCGUCCUAUCGGUACGGCGGAUUAGUCUUCGGCCAUCUUCCGGCGUUCGGACUGAUCCGCGAUGAACUCUCAGGGUUACUGCUCGUGAAUUCUUCCUUGACCUCUGAUUGAUCACUGAUAAAUCUCGCUUCUUUUUACUGGGAAAGAAUGAAUAAUUUAUGGCAAAGUUUUGAAUUACGAGACAGAUCGAUGGCUGACGGAUUAUCAUGUAUUAGAUCACCGUGCGAUGUAUUAGAUUGACAGAUGACGUAUUAAUACGCGUUCAAUUGCUACACGAAUUACUGGUCGAUCAAUUACUAGGUGUUGCAUUAUCACACAUUAAACACAUUGCAUUGUUGCAUUAAACACAUUGAAUUACUACGAGUUCAGAUUCAAUACAGUCUGAUUGCAUAUAUUCAUAAUGAUGAUACAAAUUUUUUUAAAAUAAUAGAAAAUUAGCAAGAAGUUAAAUUUACUGGGUAAUCGAAAAAUAAUAAUUGCCUGAGUGAAGAUUUAUUCUCUCCGAUUUCUUUUUCUCGCAAUUUCUUGGCCGUGGUAAAUCACGAUUACCCUUCCCGUUAUCGAGUCAUGGCUCCGUCUGGCCUCGUAACAUAUGCAACCGUUUUAUCAGACGAAUCGUCGUUCCUUUCCGCCUCGCUGUAUCGUUCACGGCCCCGUAAACUAACAGUAACCGAAGGCGGAGAAAAAUCCGCUCGGGACACGCGAGCCAACCUUCUCAAUGCCGCUUUCUCCUCGAAUCCAUUAUGCCUCUGCGUAUCAUAGAAUUAUGAGUUUUCUGUAAAAUCGAGCGACAUCGCGAUCGUAUCAGAGGGACCGACAGCGAGCGGCCUUCUGCCGAAGCGGGAACCCGCGUGAAAGAAAAAGGUCGAAGAAUCCGGAUCACCUUCUAGCGCGAUCAAGUGCACGGCCAGGGUGAAGGAACUCGUGCCAGAUGAGCGGCAAGAUUAAAAGCGAUCCAACGUAUAUCGAGAACGUAUCUCUUAAUACGUGUCCAAGAUUCUACGAGCGCCGGUAAAGAUCUCCCUGCAUUUGGAAUCUCGUGGGUGUAGAUGACGAAGCGGUAGAUGCGAAUCGUUGAAAAUUCCGUUUGCAAAAUUUUACGUGAUGUCUUCAUGUUGGAGCCUUUACCGUCUUCUGAUCCGACGUCUCGAGAUAUGCAUAUUAAAAAUUUGGUUCAUGACUUCC